CACGCCAGGUUACAUUUCCUUCGUAACUACCAGGUCGUCUAGAAGUGUGCAGAACACGAUGAACAAGUUUGCCGCCGUGUUGGUGUUGGCCAGCGUUUGUCUGGCGGGCGUUUCGGCCCAGUGCCCGCGUAUCGUGACCCGCGCCCAGUGGGGAGCCCGUGCCGCUAGUACCGCCCAGCUGCCGAUCCGUCCGGCGCCGUGGGUCGUGAUGCACCAUACGGCCGGUGCGCACUGCACCACCGAUGCUGCCUGUGCCCAGCAGAUGCGCAACAUCCAGUCCUUCCACAUGGACGGCAACGGUUGGGCUGACAUCGGCUACAACUUCCUGGUCGGUGAGAACGGCGCUGCGUACGAGGGUCGCGGCUGGGGUCGUCAGGGAGCGCACGCGCCCGGCUACAACGAUCGCUCGGUCGGCAUGGGUGUGAUCGGCACGUUCACCAACGGCAUCCCGAAUGCGGCCGCCCGGAACGCCGCUCAGCAGCUGAUCAGCUGCGGAGUGUCGCUCGGACACAUCGCCUCCAACUACUGGCUGAUCGGACACCGACAGGCUGUGGCGACCGCCUGCCCCGGAAAUGCCUUCUUCAACGAGAUCCGCAACUGGCCGCGCUUCAACCCGAACGUGUAAGAAUCGACCGGGUGCUUUCCUUAAUGUUUGUUUCGUAAAAUAUAGAAUUCAAUAAGAGCAUA